AUGGCGACCAGCGACAGCACCUAUGCCGACUACGGCGUCCUCGGCUCCGACGGGGACGAGGAGGCGGCCCGCGAGCUGGCGAGCGAGGAGGAAGAGGAGCUGGAAGACGAGGAGGACGGGACGGCGGCGGAGUCGGACGAGGAGCCGGGCGCCAGCUUAUCAGACGAGGAUGAAGAGGGAACCACCAGGCAGGACUGCAUCAUCUCUGACCCCUCCUUUUCCAUGGUGGCCGUUCAACGGGAGGACAGUGGGAUCACCUGGGAGACCCACUCGAGUGGAUCUUCCACUCCCUGGGCCUCAGAAGAGAGUCAGACUUCUGGUGUGUACAGUCCAGAAGGGUCAACUGUGAGUUCUCCCCCAGGGAAUGUUUCCUUUGCUGUGGGAGAAGUUAAAAAGGGCCGGAAAAGGGCUCACAGGUCAAAGCCAGGCUCACCAUCACUGCGUCGGAAGGGCACCAGAAGAAAGAAUUCGGCUGACUCCCAAGCUGUUGCCACCACCAACAAAGACAGCCCUUUAGUCGCAGGAAGCCUAAGCGCUAAGAAGGAACAGUUGUCUGCCGGCCUUUCUGACAGAGCAAGGAAGAAGACCACCUCCAACACACCCCCCAUCACCGGGGCCAUUUACAAGGAGCAUAAGCCGCUGGUGCUCAGGCCUGUCUACAUUGGAACGGUGCAGUACAAGAUCAAGAUGUUCAAUUCAGUGAAGGAAGAGCUGAUCCCACUGCAGUUUUAUGGGACGUUGCCGAAGGGUUACGUCAUUAAAGAAAUACAUUACAGGAAAGGAAAGGAGGCCUCCAUUAGUCUGGAGCCAGACAUGGGCAGUCGUGAGGCUGGUAGGGUUUCCCAUGUGGACAAAGUGGCAGCUCGGAGCCGGGAGGACAGCACGAAGGAGCCUUCUCCCCCCUGGAGGAAUGCACUCUCCAAAGGGCGUCCAGCCCUGUCCUCACUGGCCAGUCCCCAGGACCGAAAGGAAAGGUUUGUGGAUGCUCCAUUAAGGACCACCUCAGAAGCUGUGCACACAGGAAGUGGGGAGACGCAGCUCAGGGCCUUGCCAUCUGUGUCACAGCAGCUGGGUCAGGAGGCCAAAGCCCCGGCAAUGGGGCCUUCCCCUCCUGCCCGUCAUUCACCCAUGUUCCUGGAAUCUGCCAGGGAAGAGCUUGAGCCUGGUUCACCAGCAAUGGCAGCUUCAGAGAAGGACUCCAAGGCUGGGCCCUCACCAGUGGAGGAGGUGAGGAAGGAGGAAGUGAGGAAGGAGGAGGUGAGGAAGGAGGAGGUGGAAGAUGGUGCCCUAGAGGCAGGGCCACCGGGCUUGACAGAGUUUCCACAGGAAUCCAUGGGUUCUGAUGAAGAGGAGCCGGACCUGGCCUCACCGGAACCGGCAGCGUUGGAGUCUGAACCAUGGACCCCUCCUCAUGCCGGGGUCAGAGGAGAGCCUGAAGGCCGCCCUCCUGAGCCCCCCGUGGUGGAGGAAGCAGAGGAGAAAGAACCAGAACCUCCGCUACUCCUAGGUGCUUCGCCCGAGCCCGAGGACUUUGAUUUGGCAGAGGAGGAGGUGAUCGAACUGGAGUACCCCGACAGCCCGCUGCCCUCCGAACAGAGCUUCCCGCCCCGGCGGCCGGCUGAGCUGGAGGACGAGGAGACCCGGCUGCCCGCGCCGGCUGCGUGGACGCGGGACCGCGUGGCCCUGGCUGAGGAAGAACGAGAGGAAAGCGAGUCAGUUUCCACAGAUUCUGCUUUCGUGUCCGAGUUCUCGGUGCCACAGGGCUCACAACGUGGGGCGCAGGAGGAGGAGGAGGUUUCUUCUCCUCCAGCUGACUCCGAACCCGCAGUCUGGUCGGAAGGAGAGAGCGAGGCUCUGGGGUGGCAGUCCCCGCUGUCCUCAACCAUGUCCCCUGGCCUCUCGGCUGAUGAGGGCACCAAAAGCGGGUGGGAGUCCGAGGCGGCCUGGGACAGCUCAGAGUCCCUGAGGAAAGCUCCGGAGCCCACGGUGCCGCUCAGCUCCGAGCGCGCUCCUGAGCCCCUGGCUCUGCCAGGAGAGGAGGACGCUGCAGCCCACUCCCCAGCCCCGGCAUCCCAGAGGACCCCCGAGCUCUCCACACAGCCUUCCGCUACCUCAGAUCUGCCGGUCACCUCAGGAGGGGGUACAGGAACUGAGCCUUCCAUGCAGGAUGCAAAACUUGUCCCCAAGUAUGCGAGCACCCCACAGGAGUCCUCAAAGGAAAUAAUUGAUGAGGUGCCCCAACUCACAACAAAAGCUGUUUCUGAGCACGUGAUCCUGUCAGAAGAGAAGGCAGAUGCUGGCCCAGAUGUGGCCUCAGUGCCUGGGCACUCGCUGGCACCAGGCACCCCCGAGAAGCCCCCCGAGGGCCGGGCUCCGCUGCCCCCCACUGCCACCUUGGAGCUCCCAGUCCCACCAGGAGAGGGCCCAGCUAAUGAGCCUUUCACCCCGGCUUCCAAACUGGCCUCCAAAUAUGCGGUUCCACCCAACACCACACAGGAAUCCCAAAAGGAAAUCAUUGACAAGGGAUCGGAAGAUGUUUCUGAGUGUGUGAUACCAACAGAGGAAAAGGAAGAUGCUAGACCUCAACCCCCGGAUUCAAAACUCAUUUUCAAACACGCAGUUCCACCAGAUGCCGCCCAAGAAUCUCAAAAGGAAAUAAUUCAGGACCUGCCGCAACUCAGGUCGAAAAAUGUUUCUGAGCAAACGAUCUUGUCAGAAGAAGACACCAAGCCACAUCCCCCAGAUUCAGAAUUCGUUUCCCAACACGCAACUCCACUUACCGCCAUGCAGGAAUCCCAAAAGGAAAUCACCAAUGAGAAGCCACAACUCGGAUCAAAAGGUGUUUCUGCACAUGCAAUCCUGUCAGAAAAAAAGAAUGAAGACGUUGGACCAGUUGUGGCCUCCGUGUCCGAACACCCUCUGCCCCAGCACACCCCAGAAAGGGUCACUGAGUGUCAGGCCCCAGCAGAAGCGGUGCCAGUGGAGCUGGAGCCGUACAUACCAUCUUCCAUGUCCACAUCAACAUUUUCUGCACCUCCAGAGUUGCUGGAGGAGGAAAUUGUUUGCAGUUCCCCUGAGAACCUAAAAGCGGCCUCAUCUGCCGAGAGUCUCUCAGAGCAGGAGAGAGGAGACAUUGGGCCUUUUUCUCCAGACUCUGCAUUUGUUUCAGAAUUCUCGUUUCCACCUUCUGUGGCUCAGGGCUCAGAGAGAAGAGAGCUGGAGUGUGACUCGCCAGUGUAUUUAACCUCCCCCUCUGAUCACACGGUGUUCUCGGACGAAGACACUGGAGACACCGAGCUCUUUUCUCCAGACUCAGCCUCACAGGUUUCAGUCCCGCCCUACAGAAGCCCCGAAACAGAGAAUGAAAUUGAGCUGGGCUGCUUGCUCACUGGCCGGCAUGCUUCCAGUUAUCCCUGCUCUCCGGGAGCGGACCAAGAAGAUGGUGGAUCAGCUGCUACCACCCCCGUGCCGGAGCACUUCGAUUCUUCACCGGAGCAAAACGUACCUAGAGUGGUGAGUCCACCACCUUCAACAACACAGGAGGAAGAAGCCGAAAUUAAGCCAGAUGCCCAAAUCACCUCAACAUCUGUAUCUGAAUAUCUCAUCAGGAUGCAGCAGCAGGCUUUCCUAGAGCCUGAGUCUGCAGAGUUGAGCAAUGAGACCGAGAAGGGAGACAUCAAGAUGGGCAGGGCAGGAGCCACUUCACCACCUUUGUCAGCUGCACAGUCGUCCGUGGUGAAGGAGAACCGGCCCAUUUCGCCCGCCUCCCAGCAUUCAGUGCAUGCCGUGGGCAAAGACCAGGAACCCAAAGUGUCAGACACUUUAAAAGCUGCAGGUGAACAGAUGGCAUUGCCAAAAGCCAGAGAGAGGGAAACUGUGCCUCAUUCUCAAGAAGCAACAGCACAGGUGUCACAGGCUCAGAAGACAGAGCCACAGCCUCCACAUGUUCCCAGGGCUGAGACAAAACUGUCGGCUCUGCCUGGCUUGGUAGAGGAGCCAAAGAAGGAAGUCAAACCCGAUUUAGCUGCAAGUGCAGCUUCUGAACCCGGGCGGAGGGUGUUAAAGGAUGAGUCGGAAGCAGCGAAGCCUCAUUCACCCCUGAAAGAGACAUUUUCACCUGGACCUGAGAUUUCAUUAGGCGUGAAAAAGGAGGUAAAAUAUGAUUCUAAAACCAUGAAGACACCCAGCGCCCUUUCCACUGCUUCUCCAGCAGCAGGAAGGGAAGUUGAGAAGGAUCUGCCUUCAUCGGCAGUUUCGGCUUCAUCAGAAGAAAUUGAGCCUAUGUCAUCUACAACCUCAACAUCUACAGCUAAGUUUGAUGCAAAUCUUACCAAAGUGGAAAUAGGAGCAGGUGUAUCUCUCGCCACUCACGUGGAAGGGGCAGCCCUGGCCCAGAGGGCUGCAGCCCAGGGAGACAUCCUGUUAGAAAACCAUGACCUUGUUCAGGCAGCACUUUCUCUGGAGCCUGAAAAGAAAGUAAGGCCACAGAAACUACCAGAAUUGCCAGAGGCCAUGCCUGUUGGCACUGAAGGUGUAGACAGAAGCUCUGUAGGAAUAAAACAAGCAGGGGUCUCUAUCUUAGAAAAGAGCCAAGGCGAGCCAAGGGACAGGGAAGGGGAAAGCAAGAAGCGUCCUGUUUCUGCCAGGGAACCAUCAAAGACCGUGUCCAACCUUCAAAUGCAACAGGAGCAGCUGGAAAAGGCACACGCUUUGGAUCAAGCCAUCGAAUCACCCGGUGUAAGCAGCUCUUUUGCAGACGAGCAAGGUUUGGGUAUUAAACAACUUCCGAUUUUGAAACAGAACCUGCCUCUGGAACAAUCAAGAUCCAGUAAGGGAACCGAAUCUGCAGAUAUCAAAGAGGUGCUGAUUUCUCCCAAGGAUAAGAAGGGGACACUGGCAAAGCCAGAAAACGUGGCCAGCGAACAGGAGGAAAGAAGGCUGGGACCUGUGCAGCUGGAAUCUGCUGGGAGCAGAGACCGCAUGACAGGACAGCUCCAGGCUGGGGAAACCUGGUCAACCAAGGCUUCCUCUCUUGAGGAACGACAGCUGGCUCAAGAACCAACACCUCCAGUUCUGGCUGAAAAUGUAGAGACGAGCUUGACAGAGGAGAGGCAGCCCCAUUCUGUGGUGGGAAGGGAGAGUCUGACAUCGCAGAAGGCAGACACAGAGCUCCCCAGGCCUCGUGAAGAGGAGUUCCAGGAAGAAACCAAGCUAUAUCCUGCAGGAACCAUCCAAAAAGCACCAGAGUUUGGUCUGUUUACCGAGGAAGGCAAGUCAGAGGCUAUCCAGUCUCCUGCCCAAGCCGCGCCUGAGCUUGCUAAUGGCUAUGAACCGGAAUCUCACAGAUUACCUGCUGAGAAGCCAUUAGAAGACGCAGGAGGGGUCCUGCCAAAGGUUAUAGGUGAUGCUAAUGAGGGAAAGACAGCUGCCUCUGCCAUGAAAAUUCUCCCGCAAGGGCCAGCCCUCUCCCCAAUCCCAGCCAAGGAAGAACCUCAACCUCCAGAUGUCCCAGAUGAGGCCCAGCAGCUGUGUGCGCAGCCAAAGGCAGCAGAGCCAGCUGUGCCCGAGGAAAAGGCAAAGAAAGGAAUUUCCUCUUUUAAGUCCUGGAUGUCCAGUUUGCUCUUUGGAUCAAGCACUCCAGAUAACAAAGUUGCCAAAAAAGAUGUGGAACCUCCGCCGUGUCCCCCUGCCACAAGUGUGGGGACCCUGAGUGUGCUGGAAGGUGAGAGUCCCACGGCAGCUCGGAAGCCAGGGACGAGACCUGUAGCUGCUGCGGCCACACCUGCUGAAGGUCAAGACCUUAGAGAAACAUUGCUGGUCUCUUCAAAAGUGGAGGCUUUAGAACAGGCACAGUCCAGCUCUGAGGCAUCCAGAGAUCGUGAGAGGGAAGCUGUACCCUGCUUAAGGGAGGAGGACAGAAACUCAGCAGCUCCUUCUGCUGGUGGCAGGGACCAUGUGGGAAUUCAGCCCUCUACUACCACAAGUGAAAAAUUGGCCAUUGUGACUGAUGGUAAAAGACACCAGAAGCCAGCCAUUUCUCCUCCCUCUGAGUGGACUGUUUCUCUUCAGGAGGGACCAAGAAGUGAUCAGAAAGAAGAAUCACUCUCUUCAUUUGGCAUUGUCGAUAAGACGCCACAGCGACCCAAACCAGCUUCAUCUGACUUCACAAGCAGGAGUGUCAUGGAGCAAUCAAAGAAGCCAGAGUUGAUCAUUUUGCAAGGAGAAGAACCAAAAGGCAUCGUAGCUGCUGUUGAAGAAGGCAGGCUAAAGAGAGACCAGCCAGAAUCCAUUUCUUCAAGAAAUUUUGGGCAGGAAACAAAACUCAGAUCUGCCAGCCCCACAGAGGAGAAGGAUAACUCAGAGACCACAUCCUGGAUGUUGGCUGAAGAGCAGGUGCUGGCAGAAAGACAGAAAACGAAGGUCCCAUUAGAGUUCAUAGAAGACAAGGAGAUAGGAAGGGCACAUAUCAUGUACAAAUUGGAAGAAUCCAAGACAGCCACACCGCUGCAGCUUAUCAGUCAACGUGGCGACCGCAAGGAAAGCUCUGGAGUUGUUGGUUCUGAGCAGGACGGGGAAGAGGUAAGAGAGAAGCAGCUGCCUGUGUUUUCAGAGGAGAAGCAGCAGCGGGAAGGGGCCGUGUCUGUGCCUGAAGAAUCAGAGGUCACUUUAGUACGUUCUUUGGGUGAAACGGAAUCGUUCUCCUUAGUUAAAAUGACAUCAGUGAUUGAAAAACCAGAAAGCGUUGUCUUAGAGAUUCACCCUGAAAUCAGGGAAGCAGAGGUGGGAGGAGCCCCGCCACAGGCGUUAGAAGACAGAGUUUCAACGGAGAAAGACAGAAGCUUCCAUCCAGAGGAUCUUCCUUACCAUGACAAAAUGGGUAAGCAUUCUUUACCUCCAGAAGGAGACUUGGCAUUUGAAAAAUCACACCGGGGUGUAUUAAGCAUCCCCAGUGAGGAAAAGGGACUCGUGCCAGUGUUGGAGCCAGCUGAGCCUGGAGCUCCAGCAGGAGACUCUGAAGGAACUUUAGUUGAUCUUCCUGAGGAAACAAAGAGCUUAGAGACACCACCACGUCUGCUGUCACCUCCAAAACCACCAACUCGGGCUUCAAAAGAACUCACAGCAGUGAAUGCAGAGAAAAACCGGGAAGUGCCACAGCCAGACUGGACCCCAGAACGCCACACAGUCCAUACUGUGCAAACACCCAGAGCCACCUCCUCUGCUGUGCCCACCCAAUCCAUUCUUGUCUCAAGGCAGCACGUGGCAGCCGCAGCAGGUGCCUGUGCAAGUGAACCGUUGUCCCCAGCAAGAAGCAACUAUGCUGAAUUUAUAGCCAGUGCAUCGGCAGCCAGUGCUGAUAAAACGGCUCCUACUAAAGAAACGCCCGAGAAGGCCAAAGAAGAGGAGCUCACGAUGACCAGUAAGCCAGCCGGGCUUUCGGAAGAUCAGAAGAGCGCCUUCAGCAUUAUCUCAGAGGGCUGUGAGAUACUGAACAUUCACGCCCCUGCCUUUAUUCCCUCCGUUGAUCAGGAAGAAAGUGAACACAUGCAAGAUAAGUUAGAAUAUUUGGUUGAGAAUGUCUCAAUUAAAACCAUGGCACACCAUGUGGAUCGCGAGGCAGCUGCUGUCCAUGAAGUUCCACGGAGCAACCUAGCAGAUGCUGCUGGGAAAGUCACAUCUCUCAAAGAAAACGAACAGCCACAUGAUCGCGAAACGCAAGAGGAGCCACGCCCAGAAGCUGAUGCUUUAGUUUUUGCUCCGCCCACAAUCCCCAGUGAAGAGGAUUACUUUGAAAAAUAUACUCUGAUUGAUUAUAACAUCUCGCCAGACCCGGAGAGGCAGCAACCUCCACGGAGGUUAAGGGUUGAAGAGGAACUCUCAAAGGAAAUAACUGAAGAAACGAUGGGAGACGAAACGGUCCUGGAACAAGAAUAUGACUUGGUGCAACUAGAUGAAAGCUUUUAUGGCCUGGAAAAGGACCACAGCAAAUUAUCUCACCCAGAGACCCAGCAGUCUUUGCUUGUUCAGCCUGGUGAAGAUGUUUCACAGGCAGACCACAGAGGCAGCGACUCCAAGGCACCCGGGAUGCCUUUAUUUGACAAAGAGGAGGGAGUUCUGUCGAGAACCCAGAUAUUUCCUACCACCGUCAAAGCUGUCAACCCCGAGCUUCUGGAGCAACCUCCUGCACUUGCGUUUUUAUAUAAGGAUCUCUAUGACGAGGCAGUCGGAGAGAGAAAGCAGGAAGAGGAGACGGCUUCUGAAGGUGACAGCGUGAACUCAGAGGCUUCGUUUCCAAGCAGGAAAUCUGACAUUGAUGAUGGAACAGGAAUGUAUUUCGAGAAGUACAUCCUCAAAGAUGACAUUCUCCAUGACACUCCUGCACCUCAGAAGGACCAAGGCCAAGGGCUGGAAGACGAACCCACUGAGAAGGAUGAGUCAUACCAACCGAUGGCUGCAGGCAGGGAGAUCUGGGACAGGUUUGGAACUGUUUUGGGGAAGAAGAGUCUGGAAGAGGAGCAGAGAGCCAUGUACAGGGAAGGAGAAGCAGAGGGCCGAGUGGAGACCCCCAGUGAUGCAGCAGUGCGGCUGAGAGAGGCUCCCGUCGUGGAAGAAGUCACAGCAGCGGCCCAAGAGAUGAGCUAUGCGGUUCCAUUUGUGGACACUCCCCAUGCCCUGGCACCCGUGGAGGAGGAGACAAGUCAGGGAAGUGAGGCAGCACAUGCAGGUCCAGAGGGUGGCCUGAAUGUCCCCGUACAAGUGUCCUUCCCUGACGAGGAGUCCGCAUCCCUCCUUACUCACAUUGAGGAGGCAGCACAAGAGGAACCUCAGAGACCAGCCCCGCCUGAGCCAAGCCUGGGGAGGCUGCGCAAUAGCCCUGUGCAAGAUGAAUACCCGUUUGCUGAGCCACUUGGCUAUGCAGGCGUUUCAUCAGGAGAACUGAGUUCAGAAGCCACGCCCAGAGAUGCAUCUGAAGGCCAGGAGUCCUUGGAGUGGGAGGUGGAACAGCGCUCAUCUGCCAAGCAAGAUGAAGAGGGCAGAGAGAGGACUGCCCCAGACCACGUGUCCUCAGAGCCUGCGAUCGAGAAGGCAUCAAGGGAGCCAAAAAGGGCCCAGGUUGACACGUAUUGCUGCACCUGCAAGAGCCCGAUCUCAGCUCUUGAUAAGAUGAAGGGCACCCACAAAGACCACGAGGUUUCCACGCUUGACACAGCCAUAAGCGCCGUGAAGGUUCAAUUAGCAGAAUUUCUGGAAAAUUUGCAAGAAAAGUCCUUGAGGAUCGAAGCCUUUGUUGGUGAGAUAGAAUCCUUCUUUAACACCGUGGAGGAAAACUGCAGUAAAAAUGAGAAGAGACUGGAGGAGCAGAAUGAGCAGAUGAUGAAGAAGGUUCUGGCACAGUAUGAUGAGAAGGCCCAGGGCUUCGAGGAGCUGAAGAGGAGGAAGAUGGAGUUCCUGCAUGACCAGAUGGUGCGCUUCCUGCAGAGCAUGGACUCGGCCAAGGACACCCUGGAGAGCAUCGUCAGGGAGGCCGAGGAGCUCGAUGAGGCCGUGUUCUUGACCUCGUUUGAGGAAAUCAAUGGCAGGUUGCUCUCUGCCAUGGAGAACACCGCUUCUCUAGAGAACAUACCAGCUGCGUUCUCUCUCUUUGAACAUUAUGAUGACGGCUCCACCAGAAGUGACCAGUCGUUGAAGCAGGUGGCUGUUCCACAGCCUCCUCGGCUAGAACCCCAGGAACCAAAUUCCGCCACCAGCACAACCAUCGCAGUCUACUGGAGCAGGAACAAGGAGGAUGUCAUCGACUCCUUCCAGGUUUACUGCGUGGAGGGACCGCAGGACGACCAGGACAUCAAUGAGCUGGUGGAAGAAUACAGAUUAACAGUGAAGGAAAGCUGCUGCAUUUUUGAAGACCUGGAACCGGACAGGUGCUAUCAAGUGUGGGUCAUGGCUGUGAACUUCACCGGCUGCAGCCUGCCCAGCGAAAGGGCGAUUUUCAGAACUGCGCCCUCCACCCCCGUGCUGCGUGCCGAGGACUGCACCGUGUGUUGGAACAUGGCCACCAUCCGGUGGCGACCUGCCAGCCCCGAGGCCACCGAGACCUACACUCUGGAGUACUGCCGACAGCACUGUGCUGAGGGCGAGGGCCUCCGGUCUUUCUCCGGGAUUAAAGGGCUCCAGCUGAGAGUUAACCUCCAGCCCAAUGAGAACUACUUUUUCUACGUGAGAGCCGCCAAUGCCUUCGGGACGAGUGAGCAAAGCGAAGCCGCCCUGGUCUCCACCAGAGGAACCAGAUUUCUCCUGUUGAGAGAGACAGCUCAUCCGGCCCUGCAGAUUUCCUCGGACAGCACGGUGAUCAGCUUUGCGGAGAGGAGGCGGCUGACUGAAAUUCCAUCCGUGCUGGGCGAGGAGCUGCCUGCCUGCGGCCAGCAUUACUGGGAGGCCACGGUCACAGACUGCCCUGCCUAUCGUCUCGGCAUUUGCUUGGGCUCAGCCGUGCGGGCUGGGACCCUUGGACAGGGGGACGCCUCGUGGUACAUGCACUGCUCAGAGCCAUACAGAUACACAUUUUUCUACGGCGGCAUCGUGAGCGACGUGCACGUGACCGAGCACCCGGCCAGGGUGGGCCUUCUGCUGGACUACAGCAACCAGAGGCUUGUGUUUGUCAACGCUGAAAGCGGGCAGGUGCUCUUCGUCGUGAGGCACAGGUUUACCGAGGGUGUCCACCCUGCCUUUGCCCUGGAGAAACCCGGCAGAUGCACCUUGCACUUGGGCGUGGAGCCCCCAGAUUCUGUAAGGCACAAGUGACCCUCAGCUCUGCCAACUUGCAGUAUUCAGAUUCUCUCCUGGGGUCUCCCACAUGUUGCAGUAUCACCAGCACAUGAGCAAACCAGCAAGCAAACCUGACCUGAUCGAGCGAUGUGUGGGUCAAGGCUACAAGAGCCCUGCACCCUUUGGUCUUUCCGUAGUGGGGUUCUUUCCUACAUCAGAAGGACUUGUUUUUGGGGAGCCAGCCUAGAGAAGUGGACUGCCACCUGCCACUUCAUGUAGGAGGUGCUGGGACAGACAGGUUAGGGUGGAGGGAAGGCUGUGUCCCCAGCACGGCAGCUGCCCCAGUUGCAAGCCACAGGCCUCCUUUGUGGCGCGAGUUACCCCCUUCACUGAAGGACAAUGCACCAGUCAGUGCAGAAGGGUUUUCACCGAUCCCAGUGCAUAACAGACUCUUUUGUAAUAAUGUACACCAUCAAAUACCACUCUUUUCCUUGAAGUUUUAAAUGGAGAAAAGUGCUAGAUAUUAGAAGUUCCCACUUUGUUAAAUAAAUGAUUAGAUUCUAUUUUAAAAA